AUGUCUUCCAUUAGUCUCUGCGGAAAAAGUAUCCGAGCAUCUUAUGGCCCAAACUCUAUAGUCGUCAGCGUUGUUGACCGUUGUGAAGGCUGCAGUCCCAAUGAUUUGGACCUUUCACCGGCCGCGUUUCGAAGAUUGAGUCCACUUAACACCGGAAGACUACAUGGAAUCAGGUGGACCUUCGCUUAA